AUGACAGUGGAAUUCAGCUCUGCUGGUGAGAUGGAAGCCCAAGUCCAAGAUGCGUCUCAUAUUGAACGAAAUCGGCCUACGGCUGGUCAAUACAUCAUGACCAGGUUAACAACGCUGAAACCUCCAAUGAACAAAACUCCAAAUCCUCUGAAAUUAUUUUUCCUGUUAAACAAACAACAAUGGCUAUUCUUUCUCGUCGGGUUCGCUGGCUGGACUUGGGACGCCUUUGAUUUCUUCACGGUCCCUUUGACAGUCACGGAGAUUGCCCAAUCGUUCAACAAGGGUAAUUCAGACAUUACUUGGGGUAUCACUCUUGUUCUCAUGUUCAGGUCUAUUGGAGCGGCCAUCUUUGGAGUUGCAGCAGACAGAUACGGAAGAAAAUGGCCCUUCAUUAUCAACAACAUCCUCUUUGUCGUGUUUGAAAUGGCUACCGGAUUCUGUCAGACAUAUGUCCAAUUCCUAGUGGUCAGAGCAUUAUAUGGAAUUGCUAUGGGUGGCUUAUACGGAAAUGCCGCUGCAACCGCUCUGGAAGACUGUCCCCCUGCCGCACGCGGUCUCUUUUCUGGCAUACUCCAACAAGGUUAUGCCUUUGGAUAUCUCCUCGCGACUGCUUUUUCAAGAGCUUUGGUUAAUACGACUCCUCACGGCUGGAGGCCACUGUACUGGUUUGGGGCGGGCCCUCCUGUCCUCAUCAUUCUUUUGAGAUUAUGUCUCCCUGAGACAGAGACUUUUCUGGAACGUAAAAGAAUUCGAGAGCAGGAGCCUUCUGCUGCACAAACAUUCAUGAAAGAAGGGAAAAUAGCUGUGAAGCAACACUGGCUACUCUUGAUCUACCUUGUAUUGCUUAUGGCAGGGCUCAACUUUUUGGCACAUGGGACGCAAGAUCUGUAUCCGACAUUAUUGAAGAACCAAUACAAUUUCUCGGCUACCACGGUAACUAUCGUGCAAGUCGUUUCCAACUUUGGAGCCAUUAUCGGAGGUACAAUCGUUGGAUACUGCUCCCAAAUAUUUGGACGAAGACUCAGUAUGCUCUGCAUGUUUGUGUUGGGAGCUGCGUUGCUAUAUCCGUACACAUUUAUCCAUACGAAGGCUAUCAUUGCUGCAGCACUUUUUCAGCAAUUCGCUAUUCAGGGUACCUGUGGCGUCGUGCCAAUUCAUUUAAUGGAACUUUCGCCCGCAGCUCUCCGAACCUUCGUUGUGGGUACCUCGUAUCAGUUGGGCAACCUUGCCUCGUCUGCUUCAUCAACUAUCGAAGCUACCAUUGGACAAAGGUUUCCUCUGGCGUGGGGAACAUAUUGA